AUGUGGUCGGCCGAUGAGAUCGCUCAUCUCUGUUACGUGCACUAUAGCUCCGUGCUCCCGAAACAGGGGAAGCCAGACCCAAACAGGGAGUGGACUUCCCUGGCAGCUGUUGUCAAAGUGGAGCCAGCAGUGUGCGGAGAGGAUGGUGCUAGUCCACAGAGCACACAGGUAAACAAGGAAGUUGUUGCCAUGGGGACUGGAACAAAAUGUAUCGGUGAAAACAAAAUGAGAAAAACAGGGGACAUUCUGAAUGACAGUCAUGCUGAAAUUGUGGCCAAGAGGAGCUUCCAGAGGUAUCUUCUCCAUCAGAUGCAUCUGGCGGUUUCCUACCAGCAGUGCAGCAUCUUCAUUCCAGGAACCAAAACUGGAAAAUGGAAACUCAAACCAAAUAUCAUAUUUAUUUUCUUCUCCAGUCAUACCCCAUGUGGAGAUGCCUCUAUUAUUCCAAUGAGUGAGCCAGAGAACCAACUUUCUAAGCCAGUGGUUGCAGAAAAUGCAGAUUUUGCAUCAGCAAAGUGUUGUAGAAACCAUGAGCGUUUGGGUCCAGAAGGUAAAAGGAAAUUAGAGGAAAUGGCAAGUAAUCUUGUAACCAAGAAAAUAAAAACUGUUAAUGACUGUUUUCCUGUGAUCACUGAAGACUUGGCUGUUCAGCAAGUAUCUGGGAAGCAAGCAAGCUUAGAAGACAACACCAAUCCAAAGAGCUUUGAAUAUUCUGCAGAGAUGCAAAGAGCUGAUAAGGAUGCUGGCCUAGGCAGAGCCAAGGUGGUCGAUGUUUAUAGAACCGGAGCAAAGUGCGUACCUGGAGAGUUAGGCGACAUCCAAAAACCUGGAAUAGCAUAUCACUGUGUGGGAUUAUUGCGAGUGAAGCCAGGUCGUGGGGACAGAACACGCUCCAUGUCCUGCAGCGAUAAAAUAGCUCGCUGGAAUGUACUAGGAUGUCAAGGAGCUCUUCUGAUGCAUUUCCUGCAGCGUCCGGUAUAUCUGUCAGCAAUUGUAGUGGGGAAGUGUCCAUAUAGCCAAGAAGCUAUGCGAAGAGCAAUUAUUGGAAGGUGUCAGCAGAUCUCAUUUUUACCAGAUGGCUUCCUCACUCAGGAGGUUCAACUCUUGCAGUCAAAUCUUCAAUUUGAACAUAGCCGUCAGGCAAUCCAGGACGCUCAAACUAACAGCAAAACAAAGCUUGUUCCCUGUGGUGCAGCUAUCAGUUGGAGUGCAGUCCCUGAGCAACCUCUGGAUGUCACCUCAAACGGCUUUCGUCAGGGAACAACAAAGAAGGACAUCGGCAGCCAUCAGAGCAGAUCCAAGAUCUGUAAAGUAGAACUCUUCCAUACAUUCCAAAAGCUGGUGACAAGUAUUUCACAGGAGAUUCUACCAGACACCCUCAGGAUGAAGACUCUAGAAACCUAUUGUGACUACAAAGAAGCUUCAUUAAAUUAUCAAGAAGCCUGGGAAGUGCUGCGUAGCCAAGCCCUGCAGGGUUGGGUCAAGAAUGCCAAGGAAUACCUGCACUUCACAUGAAAAUAUAUGAGGCUGUAUAAAUUUAGCAAUAAGCUCUGGUACACAGCAGAUACCUCUGCAUUUCAAGAGGCAGGAAAAUAUGUGCUCUAGUUUCUGUGCCUCAGGGAGAUAGAAGUGAA